AUGGCGGCAUCAGCGGAGGAGCCCGGCGCGCCGCGCUACAUCCUGAUUCCGCUGCACGGCACGGGCGAGGCGGUAGCCGUGGACGUGGAUCGCCUGCCGUCCGAUCACGGCGAUCUGCUCGACAUUCUCAAGGGCGAGCAGGCGCCGCUCGACUGCUGGCUGCACCUCGCACGAGCGUACUUCAAGCAGGGCAACACAGCAGCGUUCCUGGACAUCCUAUCAGAAGGCACCUCGCCAGAUGCGGAGCGAGUGUAUGAGACGUCUCGCCACGAGCGCAUAGCCAUGCUGAACGCAUUGGGCGCGCACUACACGGGGCUGGGGCGCGUGGCACGGCGGCAGAAGCGCGACGAGGUGCUGAUCAAGGUGGUGGACUUCUACAACAAGGCUGCAAGGAUUAGCAGCGAGGCCGUCGCCACGUGGAAGCGGGACGAGGUGCUGAUCAAGGUGAUUGACUUUUACAAUAAGGCGGCUCGCAUCAGCAGUGAAGCUGUUGCCACGUGGGUGGGGAAAGGUGAGGAAACGUGGAGGGAGGCUGGAUGGGGGCAGAGGGACAAUUGGGGAGUGAGAAAGGUGGGAGAUUGUGAAGGGCGAGGUGCAUGGCGGAGGAGAUUUUCUCCCUCGCCCUCGCUGCCCUUCCUCUCCUCUCCCCGUCCAUGCUCCCUCCCAUUUUCCCGCAACUCUCUCCUGUUCUCUCUCCCAUUUCUCUUCCCCAACCCAUCUCCUAUCCCUUUCCCCAUGACAGGCCAGUUGCAGCUGGUGAAGGGCGAGGUGAAUCAGGCGGAGGAGAUGUUCUCCCUCGCCCUCGCUGGCGCUCCGGACUACGUGCCCGCACUGCUAGGCAAGGCGUGUGUGCUCUUCCACAAGGCCAAGUUCCAAGACGCCCUCAACCUCUACAAGGUGGGUGGGUGGGUGGGUGGGCCCCUCGCUGCACUACUCUGCAUGCUGCCCUCCUCACCAUGA